AUGUCCAAGCCCAAGGUUUUCUUCGAUGUCACCGCCGAUGGUGCCCCUCUUGGUCGCAUUGUCAUCGAGCUCCGUAACGAUGUUGUUCCCAAGACUGCUGAGAACAUUCGCGCCCUCUGCACCGGCGAGAAGGGAUUUGGUUACAAGGGCUCCAUCUUCCACCGCGUCAUCCCCAACUUCAUGCUGCAAGGUGGUGACUUCACCAACCACAAUGGAACUGGUGGCAAGUCCAUCUACGGUAACAAGUUCGAGGAUGAGAACUUUACCCUGAAGCACACUGGUCCUGGCAUUAUGUCCAUGGCCAAUGCUGGACCCAACACCAACGGUUCGCAGUUCUUCAUCUGCACUGUGAAGACCCCGUGGCUCGAUGGAAAGCACGUUGUCUGUGGCUCAGUUACUGACGGCAUGGACGUCGUCAAGAAGAUUGAGUCUUUCGGUACCCAGUCCGGCAAGACCAACAAGAAGAUCGUCAUUGCUGACUGUGGCCAGCUUUCUUAA